UAACAUCGGAUCAUGGGGCUUCUCGGAGGAUCGCAAGGCUUGGUAGACCCUGAAGCUCGCGACAAGUACCUACUUCAAGUGACUGCUGGCCCUUCCUACAACCCCAACACUCAUACCCAAGUAUCUGUCAAUAGCUCAGAUGUUCACAAGGUAGACAAUGACCUCGCAACAACCUACCUCCGUGUGCGAAUUAAAGACUACCAUGGCCUGCCUAAAAAUGCACCCAAAACUUGUUCCUACUUCAACCAUCCACUACAUUCAUCAGAUCGGUACUCAGUCGCAUGGUCUUUUGUUCCGAAACAUGAUAUUGCUGGCACAGAUCUGGUUAUGGGCUUCGACUUCAGUCACCCUGUGCGCGAUCGCCUACCACCCGGCACCAAAACCGCAGUCAAGAUUGCGACCACUGUUCUGGAUCCAGGCUUAUACGCUGACCCCUUUAGCGAUGAGCCGUAUCUAUAUGGACCGAUGCUUAGUAGUUGUUUCACCCUUCGAGUGGGCGGCAAGGUUGACGAACAAAGUGCGGAGGAGCAGCUGAAAUUUUUUGAUGAAGAGAACGACGGCGUUAUUGAAGAAGGCGGAACCCUUUCCGGUGAGUCGGUGCGUGACGGCCUGGGUAUUCCACCAGCAUGGAAAGCGCGAAGGAAGUUCUUCCUUGACCAGGCGCAGUUGGAUAAGUUCACCUUUGAGAAGGGGAGGGUGUAUCAUGCCGAUUUUUUUAAUCCGUAUCUUGACUUCUCCAACUUCUCGUUGAGACUGCCAGGGUUUUCAAUUAGCGUGGCGAAGUAUGUUGAUGAGAAAACGCAUCACCUACGUUUUGUGCUGAAGAGUAGGGCGAGCGGCGAUGUGGUUUUUGUGGUGUUCUUUAAGCUGCUAUUUGGAAAGGAGCUGGAGGAUACACUGAAGAACGAAGAGCAGGGGAAGCUAGAGGCCACGAGCAGCCAACCGCACGCAGUGGAGACACGACCGGAUACUACGCAGGAGCUGGACACAAAAACGGAAGUGGAACACUCCAGGCGAACGUCUAUGCAGCGCGAGAUCCUGGGAGGCAGCAGAGCACCAUCGUUCCAGGAGCCAUCGGGAUUCAAAGCACCGAAGUCAUACACAAGAGGCGACGAAAGUAAUUAUUCGCUUAACGAGGCAGCAAACACUCUGGCGCAAUCCAUAUCAGCCGCUAUUGGCGCCAUGGGUUUUGGUAGUUCGUCUGAAUCGGGCACUGGCAGUGGGAGUGACACGGCUCCCCGGAUACACGCAAAACCGAUGGAUGAACUAGAUAAUGGUGCAGUGGAGAAGUAUUUGAAAGAAAAACAUGACAGCAACGGCUAGUAAUCAGAAUACAAAGAGCAAGUAAUGUUAAUAUGCCGAAGAGACACAACAUGAAUAGUCGACUGUAACAUGUGCUG